AUGGCAUUUCAGUCACCAGUGUUUGUCAGUGCAUCACCUGCAACCAGGAUUGCGAACCGGACCAUAUCAAACGUAACCGACCAUGUGACGAGCAAUUCACGUGAACCGAAACUUUACGUUCCACCAGUAGAUGUUCUGCACCACUGGAUCACCGGUCAAAAACCAAACCGUGCUGAAUCGAAUCUCGGACAGACAGUGGUAAAUCCGAUUCACGCUCAGUGGAUUAUGUUACACGCUGGCUACGGACGUUCUGAUUUUGCAACACAUCGCAUUUCCUGGAUCAAAACAUGUUUAGCCACCGUUUACACUCUGCUAGCUGCGAUAGGAGUAAUAUCCAAUUUAACAGUAGUCUAUAUUCUGUUGAUUAGACGUCGCAGAGCAUUAGCCAACAUCACCAACAUAUUCGUUCUCGUUUUAGCCAUAUCGGAUGUGACACUUUGCGGAUUUAACAUGCCUUUACAGGCGUAUUACGAGCUGAAGGAGACCAAUGACAUAAAUUCGACAGCGUGCAAAGUUGUAUUCACCAUUUUUGGUAUACCUAUGCACGUUUCUUGUCUAACCAUUCUGAUGAUUGCCUGUGAUCGAUAUCAGAUCAUUAUCUACCCCUUGUAUCCGCGAAUGUCUACCCGACUUGCUCAAGUCCUCAUUGCCCUCAUUUGUCUACUAAGCACUCUGAAUAGCCUCCCAAUUGCCCUGUAUAACACAGUCAGUCAGGCUGUGAUACCACCUCAAUCAACCGUACCGUAUAUGGACAAUCACACCUACACAGACAGCCAAGUGCACACGUAUUGCGUGGAAAUGUGGCCUAAUGAGACCGGCCGUUUGAUUUAUUCACUUGUGACAUUCCUUGUGCAUUUUCUUAUUCCCCUUUGUUUGACUAUGGGGUUGUACGGCCAUAUCUUUUUCCGUCUGCAUGAAAGCCGCUUUCGACGAAGCUCAGUUGAACGUAAACGUCGUACAAACAAAAUUCUCGUCCGGAUAGUGGUCUGCUUUGCUGUGUGCUGGACACCUUGGUGUUGUUUCUCUCUUUGGGUAGAAGUACAUGCUUUUCUGUGGCAAACCGGUGCUCUCAGUACUGCAGGGGCAGUGAAUAUUCCCGGACUAAAUUAUCCCACAACCAGCGAAGAAAUGAACAGUUUUGAAUGGGUCAAGCUAAUUGUAAGUCACAAAGCCAAAUCCUAUUUGGAUCGCGAAACAAACAGAGCAGGGCUGCUGGCCUUGAAUACAACCUAUCCAGGGUCGGCAACUUCUCAACUGGAUGCCUCUUCUAUGGCCACUUUGACUGGAGGUGUACCAGUAGCCAAUCCGGACUUGUUCUCUAUGCUGGUAUCAGAGAGUCAUGAGGAAAAGAUCAAGUUGAUUGACCUAAUCUUGAAAUUAGUCGCUAUGGCCUCUGGCUGUAUUAAUCCGUGGUUAUACGGUUGGCUGAACAAAUUUGCGACCACUCUAUCUAAAAUGUACUGGGUCAAGUUGACCCGUGCUAUGCGAUGGGGGAAGAAAAUCCGAGAGUGGAAUGCUCGUCGACAACGAAACAAACGUUUAUCUCGUAUGCAUAAUGUAAAUGUGGGCGAUCGCGCAGACGUACAUUCGACUGAUGGAGCGCUGAACUCGAAUCACAUCAACAGACAGAGUGAUACAGUUGUUCAGGUGUGUUAUUGUUGCGGAAACCUCUGCAGAUGCAAUUUUGUAUUUAGUCGAUCGAUACUUUUCCAAGGGAAAAAACAAGAUCAUCUGUCUUUUUUGAGUUCUGCAAUGAUGAAUGGAAACAGCCAACGUGGAUCUCACCGGGAAACUUCUCAUCGUGAUUCGCAGAAAAAUGCUGAAAGUUGUGAACGAUGCGCUGCCACCGCGGGUCGAAGUGGCACAGGGUCACGCACCUCGCAGUCCGGAUCUGGUCGUCAGAAGGGAUCCAAAUGUUCUGCGGAAAACAUGGCUCCUAACGUUGUAGCUCAGCUGGCUGAAUUUGAUGCUUGUCUUGAGAACGCAGCAGAAGAAAACCUACUAGCACAGAGUCGUCGAGACAAAGAAUGUCAUCAGUGCUCAUCAUAUAAGCGUUUCGGUCGACGUUACUCAUCGCGACUAAGUGGUUCAUCCAUGGGAACACUUAGCUAUUUGGAUCCGUCAACAAAGCAAACAAGCCUCCUGCCAUCCUCGGGCUUUACUCCAACACCAAGAGGUUCAUUUCUACGGCCGGGUGAUCAGGCUUCUGCAACGCGUUUGGAACCGACAAGUCCUAUGAUAAAUUUUGGAAAUGCACAGAACAACAAAGCAGUCGGGAAUAACCUUCUUGUUCCCCUCACAAUGCCAGUUGGCUUCCGUGGAAAAUCUAUAGAUUCGGGGAAUUUUUGCCUAGACAGUGAAUUAACCGCAAACUGUGGCAUUCCAAUCUCUGAAGAACAGUCUCAAUACUCGCACACGUGUCCCGAAUCGGAGACAGAGUCUGAGAACCCGGUUAUCACUUUGUUCUGUCCAACGAAGGUGUUACCGCAGGCACCUUCCGACGUGUACCAGAUAAAAACUGAACUGAUCACUCUACAGGAACAGUCUGAUUCGACUUCGUUCGAACAGGGAAUGAAUCAGAGCAGCAGUCCGUCAAACCAUCGAGAAGUGGUUCAAAUUAAUGUUCAUGCGUAUGAAACUUCUAACAUCGAGGGGCCCAACGAUAGUUCAGCCUUGUUUUCCCCCCAAUCGCAAGCACAUUCUGAUCAUUCCAAUGUCCUACUAAAUCAGUGGUCAAACAUUUGGCUUGGACCAGAGGUUUGUGAGCGUUCACCGCCGGCUGAAUUAUUUAGUUUUGGCGAACUGUCAGAAAUUCCUUUUGCGGAUGAAGAGAGCGAGGAAACCAGGGCCGGCACAGAUUACUAUUUCACUUCAGUUGAAUCGAAGUCCGAAGAUAAUUCACGAAUAUUUUCCAAUCCGUUUGUGAAUGUAGAACAAGAGCAGAUAGUACCAGUUGAUGCGCAAACUAAGCCAAGUGUCGAGGUGACAAGUGUAAACAUACCAAGAUCCAGUGGAACAAUUACCACAGCAACAGAAGCACCUGUGAAAUCUAUGGAAGAUAAGACGUUUCAACGUUCAACUAGUCGGAGAGAGUUAAGACGGAGAAAGAGCUUCUAUCCUGGAUUCAUGCUUCGCCGAAAAGACGGAAAUCGUGAAGAUCAGGGUAGCUCUGUUGGAGGGUCUCGUCUUCGUCAGACUAUUCGUCGUCUGAGUCAUCGGGAACCACCAGAAUCUUUGAACAAAUGGAGGCGGACCAAACCAUCGGUUACACGAGGGACAAAAACACAACCAACAGCGGAAGAUUCAGCUUUCGGUGGGCUAUACACCCUCGGAUUUGAUGAGUCCUCGGAUAUAGAUGAUUUUACUCAUAUCGGACGAAUAGUGGCUUUGGAAGAGAUCCGUAAACAGCAAGCGCGUAAUCGAGCCUUAAGUGUAGGUUCUAUGCUUCCCGCUGCUCAUGUGCCGAAGAAAACGCGACAAAGUUUGUCCCAAGUCCCAAUGGAUAUUGGUGCUGUAAAUCAAGGAACCAGGGGAAGACAAAACAGCUCUGUCGCAAACUUUCCAAAGUCAUAA